AUGUGUAUGUGUAACGAAUACAUUAUGUGUAACGAAAAUACAAAAAUAUAUAUUUUCGGGGACUUUAAUCUACCCCACAUUGAGUGGCUGCAGUGUGACGGGAAUACAUGUACUCCAAAUACACAUUACUGCAAAAAUCCAAUGACUUUGCUCGUUUCAAAUUUUUUAUCAAUUGUAGGCUGCAAACAAUUUAAUUUAAUUAAAAAUAAUAAGAAUCGCAUCUUAGAUCUUUUCAUUUCAAAUAAUGAUACAAGUACUUGUAAGUCACCACUAAACUCUUUAGUUCCAAUAGACGUCUUCCAUCCACCACUUAACGCCGAGAUAUUUUUUAACGUAGAAUACAUGCAAUUGGCGCGUAAAACUUUACCAAAAUAUCGAUUCUCCGAGGGUAAAUAUGCAGAUAUUAAUGACGAUAUUAAACGUGUAGACUGGGCAAGUAUUUUAGAGGUGCCGUCCUUAGACACUGCCACCAACCACUUUUAUGAGGAGAUAUAUAAAAUCAUUAGGAAACACGUACCUUUACGUCCAAUCAAAUCUAAAAAGUUUCCAAUAUGGUUUACACGUCCACUAAUACACAUAUUUAAAAAUAAAGAAAAAUCAUGGAUAAGGUGGAAAAAAUUUUCUAACCAAUUAGACUAUGAGGAAUACUCUGUACUGCGAAAAAGAUUUAAACAACUUUCCGCGCAAUGCUUUAAUUCAUAUUUAAGUAAAAUUGAAACAAGUUUGCAGAAAGACAUCAAAGUAUUUUGGUCUUUUGUAAACAAUAAAAAAAAAUGUGGUAUUCCCAACGUAAUGUUUCACAAUGGAAAUGAAACCGAUAAUCCUGAGGACAUAUGUGAAUUUUUUUCUAACUAUUUUACUUCAGUUUAUGAGAACAGCUCACUGAUGACGUACGACAUAGAUUCACUUCCUUGCUCAUCAAACACUAACUUUAUUAUCUCAGAUAUAUCAUUUUCAAAAAACACUAUAGAACAAUGUCUAAAAAACUUAGAUAUAACUAAAAGUUCAGGACCAGACGGUAUCUCACCUUUUUUCCUCAAACAUACUGCUAGCUCAAUAAGCGUACCUCUGUUCUAUUUGUAUAACCGCAGUUUGCGUGAAGGUUUAGUGCCCACAGUCUGGAAAUCUGCGAAUAUAACCCCAGUGUUUAAAAACGGUUCUAAAACUGAUGUGACUAAUUAUAGACCUAUUUCCUUACUUUCUGCCUUAUCAAAAGUCCUUGAACGCUUAGUACAUAACUCAAUUUAUCCGAGUUUACACAACUUACUAAUUCCAGAACAACAUGGUUUCGUAAAACACCGAUCGACCAUCAGUAAUCUUAUUUUAUAUACAAACUUUCUGUUUGAUAAUAUGGACAAUCGAAUACAAACUGAUACUGUUUACACAGACUUUUGUAAAGCCUUUGAUAAGGUGGAUCAUUCCAUCUUUCUCCAAAAACUUGCGUUCAAUGGUAUACGUGGAAACUUAUUGCGGUGGUUCUCUUCGUACAUUAUUAAUAGAACCCAAAAAGUUGUGGUUAACGGAUUCUCCUCUAGCGAAAAAUUAGUAUCCUCAGGUGUACCACAGGGAUCUAUACUAGGUCCGAUGCUCUUCACAUUGUAUAUAAAUGAUAUUCAGUAUUGUUUUAUAAAUAGUAAUUUUUUGUUAUAUGCAGAUGACCUGAAAGUUUAUCGAAGUGUAAAGUCCCUUAAUGAUUGUGAGAAGCUACAGGAAGAUCUUGACCGGUUAUCUAACUACUGUCUAAUCAAUAAAUUGCAAUUAAGCAUCCCUAAAUGUAAAUCUAUUUCUUUCACCAAAAACAGAUAUAAACAGACUUAUGACUAUAAAAUUAACGAAGAUUCAUUAGACAGGAAAACGGUAGUUAAAGACCUAGGUGUGCUAUUUGACUCUAAAUUAACAUUCCGUGAGCACUAUGCGUACAUUAAAAACAAAGCAUUCCAGUUACUAGGUUUCAUAACGAGAUGCACUAAGGGCUUCAAACGACCUCAAAGCUUCCUGACCGUUUAUUGUAGUCUUGUUCGUAGCAUUCUUGAAUAUGCUUGUGUCAUUUGGUCUCCCUGCUACACGGUCCAUUCAGAUAGUAUAGAAAAUGUCCAAAAAAGAACUCUCAGAAUACUUAGCUACAAAUGUGAGUUUGCUCGUAAUCUAGUUAGUUAUAGUGAAUUACUCGACAAAUUUAAAGUGACCACCUUACUUAUUCGCCGUAAGGAAUAUGACCUUAUAUAUUUACAUAAAAUUCUCCAUAAUAAGGUUGAUUCCGAUUACCUCUUAAGUAAAUUAAACUUAACUAUAAAGCGCAAUCCCCGAAUUCCUAACAAGACAUUUUACCUGCAGACUUAUAAGAAUAAUACUUCCUUUUAUAACCCGAUAGUAAGAAUGUGUCGACUUUACAACGAGAUAUCCAUGAAAAGCUCCGGCAUGGAUGUUUUUGACCCAAGAUCCAGGACAUUUAAAAGAGCAGUGAAACAGUAUACACUUAUGCACACUCAUUCCCAUAUCACAUAG